AUCCGCCAGGGCGAUGGCUCGGUGACACCCAUGGCGCUAGGGUAUGAGCCCCCCAGUACGGAUGACCUUGGCCAGCCCGUGGUGCCGGGAGCCGUGGUGGCUGUGGUAAGUAGGAAUAGUACUCCACAUUCCCCGCCAUACGCCAGCCACUCACGCACGCCGGACGCCACUGAUCAGAAGUACCAGCAGCGGCUGCUCGUCAUCAUCAUGGACUACUCUGCAUGCGGCCUACCGGCCUCACUUACCGAAGCCGCCGCACGGACUGUAUUCUUAGGGGCCAACGGGGACGGCAGAGGCGGAGCCGCACAGAAAUACGAGCAGUGCUCGUACGGCAAGCUUGUUUUGAACGCCACGGCAUUCACGGCAGUAACUGUGUUCACUCACUAUACGUACAUUCUCCCGCCAGGAAUGAAGGGACAGUCGAGUUGGCUGCAAACAUCGGCGUCUGGCGUGGGGAGAUGGGCGUCUAUUCUGAGCGCGACCCUGCAUAACUACGGUUAUUUAGACUUCACAAGUCCCACGGGUGCCGGAGACGUCUGCCCCAACGCCGCCGAGCUGGCCUACCUUGGCUGGGCCACGCCAGCGCAAGGGGCCAACCAGGUUGACUCCAGGGCGCUGCCUGUUGGUGCCGCCCUCAGCUUCAAUCUUCCCGCCACGUACCUAGGCCCCAAUGGAAGCUACAUCAGGGUUGUUCCCGACUGGCUGCCCACGUACAACCUGUACAUUGCCGUACGUGUGAACAAGGGCGGUGACGCGCAAUUGGGGUCGCCCUGGGCAAAUAAAGUGCACAUCCACGAAGUCAGCACGGUCUUGUUGUCCAACUACAACCUUGUCGUGUACGGCGGAUCUUGGAUCGGUACAGACAUCCUCCGAGUGCACAUCUGCCGCUACAGAUCUGCCCCCCAAGAAUGCCCCCCCGUGGCCUCCCUG